GUGGGUGACCUUCUCCUGCGUAGGCGGGGGAUGAGAGAUGUCUGGAAGGUGCCUGGCUCUCCCUCAAUGCAGCCUUCAUGGUCGUUAGCGAGGGCGGCUCGGCUGCCCAGCACCGUCCUGAAACACUGACCACGUAGGUCCUCUUGGAGCCGGGAGUGUCAGUCGAGGAGCAGGAAUGUGAUCCGUCCCGGAGCCGGGGGAGCCGGAGCAUAUCUGGAGUGUGAGACCUAUGAGAAGUGCUGCCCCAACGUGUGUGGGACCAAGAGCUGUGUGGCGGCCCGCUACAUGGACGUGAAAGGGAAGAAGGGCCCGGUGGGCAUGCCCAAGGAGGCCACGUGCGACCACUUCAUGUGUCUGCAACAGGGCUCUGAAUGUGACAUCUGGGACGGCCAGCCCGUGUGCAAGUGCAGAGACCGCUGCGAGAAGGAGCCCAGUUUUACCUGCGCCUCUGACGGCCUCACCUACUAUAACCGCUGCUACAUGGACGCCGAGGCCUGCUCCAAGGGCAUCACCCUGGCCGUUGUCACCUGCCGCUAUCACUUCACCUGGCCCAACACCAGCCCCCCACCACCAGAGACCACGGUGCACCCCACCACAGCCUCCCUGGAGACCCCUGGGCUGGACCUGGCGGCCCCAGCUCUGCUCAACCACCCUGCGCACCAGUCGGUCACUGUGGGUGAGACAGUGAGCUUCCUGUGUGACGUGGUGGGUCGGCCCAGGCCUGAGAUCACCUGGGAGAAGCAGCUGGAGGAUCGGGAGAACGUGGUCAUGAGGCCCAACCACGUGCGAGGCAACGUGGUGGUCACCAACAUCGCCCAGCUGGUCAUUUACAACGCCCAGCUCCAGGACGCCGGCAUCUACACGUGCACCGCCCGCAACGCUGCUGGCGUCCUGCGGGCCGACUUCCCGCUGUCGGUGGUCAGGGGGGGUCAGGUUUCGGCCACCGCAGAGAGCAGCCCCAACGGCACGGCUUUCCCCGCAGCCGAGUGCCUGAAGCCCCCCGACAGUGAGGACUGCGGCGAGGAGCAGACCCGCUGGCACUUCGACGCCCAGGCCAACAACUGCCUGACCUUCACUUUCGGCCACUGCCACCGCAACCGCAACCACUUUGAGACCUACGAGGCCUGCGUGCUGGCCUGCAUGAGCGGGCCGCUGGCCGUGUGCAGCCUGCCCGCCCUGCAGGGGCCCUGCAAGGCCUACGCGCCCCGCUGGGCCUACAACAGCCAGUCGGGCCAGUGCCAGUCCUUCGUCUACGGCGGCUGCGAGGGCAACGGCAACAACUUUGAGAGCCGCGAGGCCUGCGAGGAGUCCUGCCCCUUCCCCCGGGGGAACCAGCGCUGCCGGGCCUGCAAGCCCAGGCAGAAGCUCGUCACCAGCUUCUGUCGGAGUGACUUUGUCAUCUUGGGCCGAGUCUCCGAGCUGACGGAGGAGCCUGACGCGGGGCGCGCCCUGGUGACAGUGGACGAGGUCCUAAAGGACGAGAAGAUGGGCCUCAAGUUCCUGGGCCGGGAGCCGCUGGAGGUCACUCUGCUCCACGUGGACUGGACCUGCCCCUGCCCCAACGUGACCGUGGGCGAGACACCACUUAUCAUCAUGGGCGAGGUGGAUGGCGGCAUGGCCACACUGCGGCCCGACAGCUUCGUGGGCGCGUCCAGCAGCCGGCGGGUCCGGAAGCUGCGUGAGGUCAUGCACAAGAAAACCUGCGAUGUCCUCAAGGAAUUCCUGGGCUUGCAGUGAAGCCCCCGCCCCUCCAGGCCCCUCCCUGACCCUCUCCCACCUACCCACCCAUCGUGCCCCUCAGUCAGCAAACUGGGCAAGGUCACACUAGACAGUCUUAGGCCAGCAGGGGAAUAGCAAUCAAUGCGUGAGAAAAAGGCCACAGAGAGUCUUAGAUCAACUUUUGUUCUUUGGGUUCAAUAACAGUAGGGGCCUGUGUCUUUUUCAGCUGAGGGAGACGAAAGGAGAAGUCAGCAGAUGCUUGGGCCUUAUAAUCUUCUCUUGGCUGCCCCCCACCCCCGGCUCUGCCCCUACCCAGCCUCCAGCCAGGAUUCUAGAGGUGGCAGCUGCAUGAUGGUCACAGGAAUAACUGAAGGAGUUGGUUUACAGAAAGGGUAGGUGGGGAUAGAAAGGAGGGCCCAGAAAUUCACUGGACAAGUUCCCCACAGCCCCCCGGAGCACUGUGAGCAGAACCAUCCUUCGUGGUGGGCAGGAAGCAGGAGGCAUGGUCCAGCCCAGCUCACAGCUUGCCCUGAGUGGAGGGUGCUGGGCUGGUGCCUUCGGGCAGCGUCCAGCCUGUGCUUCUGUCAAGAUGGCCCGACAGUGUCCGAGGCUACCUGAGCACCAGCAGAAUACAUGUUUCUCCUGUUUCUUUCUGGGUUUGUUGAUUGGUUUAUCGAUGAUUUAUUGAUUCAGUUCUGUUCAGUCCAACUCAGUGGACAUUUUCUGAACACUUAGUGGUGCUAAGACCACAGGGAGGUGUUGGUCACUGCCCAGCUCCUAGUGACUGAGCACAAAUGUCCAGAUCCCAGGGUUCCCCCAGAAGCCGACCCAUGGCUGGCCCUCCCAGCUUCAAGAGGUCCCAUUCACAGUGUGCUUUCCACUACCACUGGCUUCCUCGAACAUAAAGCAGAUAGAAGCCCCAGGAUCUGUUCUGGUGGGAAUAGAGAGGAAGAGGAAAAGCAGGCAGGGAAGAGGAUUGGUGAAGGAAUAAGAAGGGAGGCAGGCUGAGAGGCAGGCUUGGGAAGGAAAAGGAAUGUUGCUCGAUGCUCCCAUCUGGUGGCGGCCUCAGGAGCUGCAGGGACCUGGAGGGAGGCUCUAGGUGUGGCCUGGGAUAGCCAGCCGGUUUGGGGAUGUGGCAGCUUGUUGAUUUCUGUUUCUGGAUUUCCUGUGCAGGUCCCGCCACCCCACCACUAGGUAAAGAUUUGGGAAACCCACAGUCAGCUUUCAUCUCCCCCAUUCUCUCCUUAGCCCUUCACUCAGUCCAUGUCCCUCCGAUGCUGAAGAAGGUCGUUGUGGGGCGUUCUCGUUUCUUCCUCAAAUGUAGGGGGAAGAUACCAAUUAAAAGCUUGUAGUAUCAACA